UGGGCGGCAGGUUCAAGUUGCCAUAGCGGCAGAGUGACACUUUUCGAAGGGAGAGAACGGCCAGACUGGCAGGAGUCACCGAUGGCACAUUCCUCCAGCGAUUCGGAUUCAUACCAGCGCAGCAGAUCGUGCAGGCGCGGACCCCUGCGAGCUGCGCACGUACAGACCACCAGGUCAAGAGAAUUAGGCGAUGCGUCUGAGAAGAUUCACACGCUGGCAAACACGCUAAAGGACACGAGUCGUAAUCUGAAGCAAGUCGACCAGAUGCUCGGUCAGUACAGAGAAUACAGUAACGACCAGACAGAAGCCAUCGGCAGCCUGAAAGAGACCCUGGAGCAGUCGAUCGACCAGCUCAGAAGUCGGCGCAUGUCCCGUCUCUCUGGAGUAAGAAGCGCUUCUCUGUCCAGUUUAUGUGCCAGCGAUCUGGAUGCUGAAUCUGAAACAGGCGCCAGGCGUUUUCAGCCAACAUCCCCCCUAAAGGACUACAGAGAGCCGAGGGAUCCUCUGCGCCGGCGCUCGCGUUCUGCCAGCGUUCGCUUUGUAGAUGAUCCGGGCGCUUCUGAUCCGCUGCACACUCUGCACCAAUCAGUGAGGGAUCUGAGCAGCGACCAGCUACGUCUCACCGAUGACAUCAGCAGGGAGAUCUCCAGGAGAAACAGGUCGGAAGCAGAGACUAAGAAGGCCCUGGAGGGGUUAAAUGCCCGAAUGAGUGAGAGCUGGCGGCAGGAAACGGCUUCGGAACGCGUGGAGAGGAGGCUCUUGGAACUAGAAAAAGAAAUGCGGAACGAAAGAGAUCAGGUGGAGAGGCGCAGCGACCACCUUGGACACGUCUCGCUGCAGCUGCAAGAAGCCCUGAAAGCGCAAGAAAAUAAAUCCGAGGAGGUGGCAACUCUGCUGAAAGACAAGCUGAGCCGCUCGGAGAGCGAGAAGCACCAGCUUGAGGCAGAGUUGGAGCGAUACAAGAGAAGACUGGAUCAGACUGAAGGGAGCAGGGAGACCCUCCUGUACCAGGUGGAGGAUCUGCGAUCCCAGCUCGUGAAGGUGGCGGAUGACCGCAGCCGGUUACAGAAUCAGGUUUCCCAUCUGUCUGAGAGCGAGGGCCGGGAGGAGGAGAGGCGAUCUCGCGCAGCCGUCGAGCGUUCUGAACGCGAGAAGCAGGAGCUGGAGUAUCAGGUAUCACAACUGCGAGCGCAGCUGAACCGCAGCGCCGUCCUGUCCGAGAUGGAGGACCUCAAACGCAGCCUCGACCAGAAGGAGCGGGAAAAGAGUCAGCUCACUGGCCAAGUGGAGGCCCUGACGUUGGGCAUGGAGAAGACCGAGAAGCAGCAGCUUCAGAUGUUGGAGAAGCUGAAGGAGAUCCAGAGCCGCUACGAGUCCUGCGAGAGGGAGCGGCAGAGGGCCGCGGAUCAAGCGUCUGAACUGGGGCUUCAUCUGGAGGAGAUGAGCCAGGAGGCAGAGAGGUGUUUAGCGGAGCUGCAGCAGGCCCAGGCUGUGACCGCCGAGACCGAGAAGAAGAAAGAAGAGCUAAAGAUAAAAGCCCAGGAGACCGUGAAACGCUGGAGGUUAAAGUGCAAGAAGCUGGAGAAGGAGCUGGAGAAGAAAGAAGAAAUUAUUGGCCAAGCUGCGGACCGCGGAGCUCAGGCAACGAAGGAGAAGGAGGAGGUCCGGAGUCAGUUCCAGGCUGCGCUGCAGCAAGCAGAGAGUCUCCGCAGGGAGCUGUCCGAGGUUCUUGCCAGAAGAGCGCAGCAGGAGGAGGAGCUGCACCUGCGCGAGGUACGGCUGAGCGAGGCACGGGAGCAGCGCCUGGAGCUGGAGCGAGAGCUCAGGGAGUCUCAGGAGAUCGCCGUCCGACUGCAAGGAGAGUUGCAGAGACAGAGCGAGGUCCAGCAGCAGCUUCAGGAGGACCGGGAACGGCUGCAGGAGGAGCUCGCCUCGACCAGCCGGGGCCGAGAGAAGAGUCAGGAGAGAAUGCAGGCGCUUCAGGAAGAGGCCAAGCGUCUGAGCGCAGAGCGUGCGGAGAUCAGCAGCCGUCUUGCGCAGGAGGAGAACAGCAGCAGGGAGCUGAGGAGGAACCUGUGUGAAGCCCAGAAGCAGGUGGAAUUUGCCCGCGAGGAGUUGACGUCGGCUGGAAGGCAGCUGAAGAUGGAGAGGGAAGUGCACCAGCGGGAGCUCGCGGAUCUCAGGUUCGCGGCUCAGAGCGCAAAGAGCAAGCAUGAGCGCAGCGUCCAGGAGAUGCUGGCGCACUUCAGACAGGAACGCGAAGAGCUCGAGAAGCAUAUCCAAGCUUUGAAGGCAGAGCUGGCGGACAGUAAGUCGCUGGUGAAGUCUGAGCGCCAGCGCGUGGAGAAAAUGAAAGUAGAGUGCGACAAACUUUCAGAGGAAGCGUCUCGGAGCAAAGAGGAGAACGUCGGCCUUCGCUGUAAAUACCAGCUGGCCGCGCAGGAUGCAGGAGAGAAGGGGCAGCAGGUGAACUCAAUGCAGCAAGAGAUCAAGAAACUGGAGGAAGCCGCGCAGGAUCUGCAGGAGAAGCUGCAGUCUCUGGAGACCGAGCAGGAGACCGUUCUAAGUGCCAUUGAGAUAGAGAUCGAUGCUGCCUGUCAGCUCCUGUCCAGGGACUGUCUGGAGAGAUUUAAAGCUCUGUCGGCCGGCACCCAGCUAAAGAAUGACUCCCAUUACUGGCUGGCACAGACCAAGACCAAGCUGCAGUGGCUGUGUGAGGAGGUGAAGGAGCGGGAGGAGAGAGAGAGGAAGAUGGAAAGCCGGCUGCAGCAGGCCAGGGAGCAGCUAAAGGAGCAGAAGCGGCGCCGAGAGUCUGAGCGCGAGUCCCUGCGUCAGGAGAUCCGCAAACAGCAGCAGCAGCUGGAGGAGGCGCAGCGGGAGAGCAGCGAUCUACAGGACAAGAACCGCAGACGGGAUGAGGAGAUGUGGAUGCUUCAGGACAGGAUUGUGGAUCUGGAAAGGAGUACACGGAUGGCUCUGGAUCACCUGGAGUCUGUCCCGGAGAAGCUGAGUCUUCUGGAUGACAUGAAGCAGCUUAGUGAUUCCUGCCAGCAGAGAGGGCUGAUGGAGGAGAGGAACGCGCAGUACCGGGAGAUCGUGGGCUCGCUUCAGCAGCAGCUAGAGGAUUCCAGACGCAGGAUCCAGGAAUACAGAGCAGAGAAAAUGAAGGCAGAUGCUGAGAGCGUCCGUUUAGCGGCACUUUCUUCUUCCAUCCGGGGUAACAGCAGCCUCAGGUCCAGCUCCUGGCUCUCUGAUUCCAGCUCUCCUGUGAAAAGGGGGAAAUCUGAGCAUGCGCCGGGCAGCGCUGUAAAUGGAACUGCAUCCUGAACAUGAGCGCUCUGGACGGCUGCAGACACCGUACAAAGCUCGUUACCCCGCGCCAGGAACGCGCUUGGUGCCUUUGGCGUUACCCGGACCGGCCCUCAACAAACCGGAACGUCGAGUUGGGAAAUCCACAGGAAAAAUUUUAAUGGACGCAGAUUUAUAUCUUUUUAUACUAAUUUAUAUAUAAACUUUGGUAAAACGUGGGAGUGACAAUCUGGGUAUUAUUGUCCAAUUUUAAAUCUAAAUCGGUUUAAUUUGAGAGCGCUCAGCCAUGGAGCAGCAUGUAUGUGAUUGGAGAUUUUGUGCCAAAGCCUAUAAUCGGAGGAGGGAAUACACAGACAGCCUCCAUAACCGCGCUCUGGAACGAGUACCUUCCGUGGCAGCUCUUCCCGGGUUCUCGCUGCUCCCGGCGGCCAGUGUCACGGACGAUGCCAACCCGCUGGGAGAGCAGCCCGAGCCUCUGCCGGUGUAUGUCCAAUAAUUAUUUAUUAAAGUGCACUCAGCCUGU